AUGUCCAAACAGCUGACUCUAUACCUUCACAAGGUGCAACUAGCUCUUAUUGAAGCUAAUGCACCCUACAGAGGGUACCCCAUUGAUCUAGUCAAUAGAGGUUUACCAGCAAAGGGACCCAGUAUUGACCCCGAGGAUCCUUCGUCCUUGUCCGCUAAAAUCACAGAAAUGAAUGUCAUCCUUGAGUUCUUGGUGGACCUCUAUCCAGACUCUGAGCUCCUGCCAAAGGAUCCUGUUUCAUGUGCCAAAGUCCGUUUCUUCGUUGAUGUGAGCACUAAACACAUCAAGGGCCCGCUUUAUGACUUCUUGGUAAAGGGUGUGAUCACAUACUUCAAGGCAUUUUUGGUGCGUGUGCAGUGA